AUGCAUUAUCAUGCACCGGCACUGCUCAAGGUGGAGGACAUGGAAAAUCAGGCUGGCAAGGUCCCCAGGGGAGCCCGCGGCAGAGACCCACCACUAGGUGUUGCUGGAGGAGGAACAGGAGGGUGGAUGCAGCUGGAGGACAUCGGGGGCUGUGGGGGCGUGUCCCCUCAUGAAUUAUGUGCCAGUGGGCGGGGCCUCGCCCCUCGGCGCUCUGUCCCUUCCAAGAGUGAGAAGAUGGCGGCGGCGGCGGCGCCCGGCGGACGGGCCGCGGUACCGGCGCGGCGGGGCCGGCGGCGGCGGGGCCGGGCCGGGGCGGUGGCGGAGGAGGAGGAGGAGGAGAAGGAGGAGGUGUUGCUGGCGGUGUCGGAGUGCCCGGUGUGCCGGCAGGCGCUGGUGGAGGCGGUGACGCCGCCCUGCCGCCACUCGUUGUGCCUCGCUUGCUUCCAGCGCUGCCUGCAGGGCCCGGGCCUGUGCUGCCCGCUCUGCCGCAGCCGCCUCUCCACAUGGGCCCGCGCCGAGCCCGCCGCCACGACGGCUACCGGAGGAGGAGGAGGAGGAGGCGGGGAGCAGCGGCCGACGGACCAAGACUUUAUAUUCAGAGCACCCAUUAAAUUAAGCAAACCAGGGGAACUCCGAGAAGAAUAUGAAAGCCAGCUAAGGAAGCUGAGAGAAGAAAAACUACAAGAGGAGAAAGCUUCUGAGGACCUGAUUCACAAGUUCAUUCUGGACGACGGGGAUGUAGGAAAGAGAAAAAUGGAAGAACAGCAGAAAAAAGAGGAAUCUUUAGUGCUGAAAGUGAACCAAGAGUGUUUGCCUGAACGUCUCUCGGAUUCAGAGAAUGAAGAACCAUUCCAGGGCAGGCAAACACAUCGAUCAGCUUUUGUUUCCAAGACCAGUGCCUACUCCUUUGCUUUCCUUUCAGGGAACCUAACCGCCAAGGUGGAAAGGAGUCGGAGCUGCAACGACACCAUUCAGGAGAGAUCAAAGAGCAGGCAGAGAUCAGCCCCAGCCAACAAAACAAAGGUGCCACCCGUCACCAGCACGUCCACACCACUGGUUGGGGUUUUGUCAUCCACCCAGAACAACCGCUGCCUCUCGGCCCCAGACCUGACAGCAGAGAAGCGCCUGGUUCUCAACCCCGUUUCAUCCCUCUCAGCCCUGCACAAGCCAGAGAGAUCCAUCAGCCCCGAGAGCAACGACAGCAUCUCAGAGGAACUCAACCACUUCAAGCCCAUCGUCUGCUCUCCGUGUACCCCACCAAAGAGGCUUCCUGAUGGCCGGGUCCUGAGCCCCCUCAUCAUCAAAUCCACCCCGAGAAACCUGAACAGGAGCCUGCAGAAGCCAACGACCUACGAGGCCAGUCCAAGAAUCCUGAAGAAGUGGGAGCAGAUCUUUCAGGAGCGCCAGAUCAAAAAGACUCUCUCCAAAGCGACCCUCACGUCCUUGGCUUCAGAGCCUGGGGAAGAUGUUACAGCUCCUGACAUCACCAACUCCAGCAGUUGCACUAAGGAGCAGCCACAAGCGCAGGAUGAUCACCUUCCACCCGACCCCACAGGAGACCCUCGCCCCGAGCUGGAUUUCUUCCCUUCCAUCAGCGAAACGAAGCUGGGAAGAGGGAAUGAGAAGAACAGAGAUUCCCAGGCCUUAACCACAGACGACAGCGCCGCUGAUCCAGAUGUGAGAUCAAACAUCACCUCCCUCAACCCACGAGUGUCCGAAGUCCCUGACCUUAAAGUAAACACCUUCAUGGACAAAUCCUGUCUCAGCCUCGGCUCAAAAGUGCUGAGCAGAAGACUCCUGGGUGUCAGCACAUCGCUUCCCGACAGCACCACGCUGAAAGCACCGGGGAAAAAACAGCUGAAAUACCUGAACAACAGCGAGUUGAUCAACGUCCAGAACAGCACCUGCAGCUCGGUGGAGAACAUCAUCGGGGAGCAGCCCCCGGCGCUGAGACGGGGCCGCAAGAGACGCUGCAAAACAAAGCACUUGGAGCACAACGGCUCCGUCAAGAGACUGAGGCACCCGGCGGCAGAGGUGGGCUUGGUGCCCGACGUGCGGGACAUGGAGCAGAAGCUCCAGCAAGAGGAGGAGGACAGGAGGUUGGCCCUGCACCUCCAGAGGAUUUUCGACAGCGAGAACAGGACAGUGGAGAGGCGGAAAGUCAGAGUGGAGCGGUAUCUGCUGCGCUCCAAGAGCACGCUGGGUGCCAAGUAGCACUGGUGGACGCUGUUGCCUUGCUAGAGGACGAUGAGGUUUAUCAGAUUAUCCUAUAGGAAACCUAUUUUUGGUCAUACUUCCACCCGCACAGUUGGUUUGCUCGGUUUUGGUGGUAAGAUGUUUGUAGGUCCAGUUCCGAUCGAAGCCAGAGUCCUUUCAGCUGAACAAAAACAAAGAGGGAUUGAGGGAAAAGUUCCUCAAGUUUUCCUGGUCCAUUGGUCUGAAAGAUGUGUGCGUUGUCCCCGUGAAUACACUGCAACACCUCUGCAUGCACUUGGUGACAUUUGGGUUCCCCAGAGGAGGGUUGUGUGAGCAGCAUGGGAUGAGGAGCUCAUCCAUUCCUUGCCUUGCUGCCUCAACAGGCCAAGGGAAAUCAGAGCUCUACUCACAGAAAGUAGGUUUUUCCCAUCCUAGAAAUAGUGUUUUCCUCUGCCUGUCCCAUUCUCUUCCUCACGUUGUGGUGGUCAGACUGUUACUGAUGUCAGUGUGUUUGAAUGACCCACUUGAGGGUUGUUAGGGGGGGAAGUUGAUCUGUAUUUCUGCUAGGAAGUACCAAACAGAUCCACGUGUAGUACUUACAAGUGAAUGUAUCUCACUGUCUGCUCCAGCAGCGCAGCUCACAGGUUACUUUCUUUAAGUAGAAAGUAGUAAAGAAAGACUUAAAAUAAGGAUUUUACUGAAAAGCCUUAGAGGUUGCCCAGAGAAGCUGUGGCUGCCCCAUCCCUGGCAGUGUUCAAGGCCAGGUUGGACACAGGGGCUUGGAGCAACCUGCUCUAGUGGAAGGUGUCCCUGCCCGUGGCAGGGGUUGGAGCUGGAGGAGCUUUAAGGUCCUUUCAACCCAAACCAGGCUGGGGUUCUAUGAACUUGCACAUUCAUGUUAGUGACACAGCAGUAGAGCAGCUUGGACCAUGCUCUGGGUGCUGUGACCCAGGGAGCAAAUGCAGCUUUUCUCCCAUCCCUUCUUCUUCCAAGGCAAGAAGGUUUCCUGUUCUUCCCACCUUGAUACCUAGAAAGGGAAACGCUGGCUGGGUGGUUCCAGGAAGGAUUCCUCCCUGCUGACACAUACCUUGCUCAGUGAAGAGAUCCCUCAGCACACCUCAGACCUGCCCUUACACGUCCAAUAGCAGCCCGAGGAGGCAUCCCGAGGUCUGUGACGCAUCACCCUCCUCUCCCAGCACCGGAUGAGCUGGGAUGGGAGAGUUGGGAUGGGAGCCCAGCCCUCCCAGCCCGCAGGCACAUGGAUGUGGGUGCUCAGGGUGAUGGGAGCCUGCCCUGCCCCUGCUCCCAGCUACCUGUCUGCUGGCUCAAACCACUAAGAGAGCUCAGGUGAGCAAUGCACUAAAGAUUUCCACUUCAAGGCAUGAAGUUGGGCAGCCCGGACCAGAGCUAGCUCAGAGCUUGGGCUCGGUGGAGCUUGUGGUGGCCCAUCCUCGGGUUCUUCAUAUUUCCAUCACUUUUCCCCAUCAUCCCUUAUAAUUCCAUUGAUUAUUUCCUAAUGAAUGGAAAUUAAUUGAUAAUUAGGCUCAACAACCUUCCGCUCAACUCAGUACUUGAAGGCCACCUUGCAGAGUAUUCACUGGGGACCCUCAGUGCCCACAGGGACCUUGUCCGGGGCAGAGGCUGUGGCAUUCACCAUCUCGCUGACCCAUGGGCUGGAUGACAAGGGGUGUUUUGGGGAUAGAACUGAAAGCAAAGUGUUGGGGCAAACUCACCAUGAUCCCGUGGUGUGAAGGGAGAAGAGCCAAGUGUUUGCCAGCAGAUGGAUCUGAUCCAAGAGAACGGUCAUUGCCCAGUUUCCUUUAGCUAAAAAUACUGGUUUAAUAUCCCAUUCCACCUUAAAUGGUUCAAGAGAGCAAACAGGAACUGGUUGGCACUGGCACAGGCUGCCCAAGUGAAUGCCCCAUCCCUGGCAGUGCUCAAGGCCAGGUUGGACACAGGGGCUUGGAGCAACCUGCUCUAGUGGAAGGUGUCCCUGCCCGUGGCAGGGGUUGGAGCUGGAGGAGCUUUAAGGUCCUUUCCAACCCAACCCAUUCCAUGAUUUUCUCUCCUGUGAGGACCCUGGCGCCUUUUUUCUCCCCAAAUUGAACUGGAUUCCUUUUUUUUUUUUAUUUUAAAAAAAGAAAUCUUAUAUUUUAAUGGAUAAAAUUUAUAUAUUUUAAAUACUAUAUUUCAACAGAUUGACACUUUGGUUUUGAGAAAUCUUAUAGCAAUGAUUCCGUAAUAUAUAUCUCUCUCUAUAUCUAUCUCUGUAUCUCCUUAACACACAAACUACCGGGUGGUUUAAGUCAUCCCUAGGGCUGGCUAGGCCUGGCUUGGCUAGGCCUGGCCUGCUGCAGCUCAUGGGUGGUGGCUUUCCAUGCCCUCUAACACACCACAGCCUCCUUAGGUGCUGGUUGAAGCAGGCACUUCUGACCCAAACCGAACCCUGCUCCUGUAUCCAGCUGUGAAUUGGAAGGAAUUGAAGUGCUUGGAGCCUUGGACCUGAUCUAGAAGAGCAGCACAGAGAGAAGAGGGUGGAAAACGCUGGCACAGGUUGCCCAGAGAAGCUGUGGCUGCCCCAUCCCUGAUUCAAGGCCAUUGGAUGUGGUUCUGGGCAACCUGGUUGAGCUGAAGAUGUCUCUGCUCAAUGGAGCAGGAUGGACUAGAUGAGCUUUGAAGGUCCCUUCCAACCCAAACCAUUCCAUGAUUCUAAGUAGCAUUGGCCUGGAUCUGCCCUUUACAGUGAAAUAAGCUCGGGAGGGAACCCCACAGCCAUUAGUCAGAAUUCAUGCUGGGUUUUCCCAACAUUUUGAGCUAAAUCCUGCACUUCCCAAGUGCGUUUUGAGUUGUAAUCACUUUUACAGGCCCCUUCCUAUGCUUAAUCCCUUGAGCCCCAAUCAGACUUCCCGAACCAGCUUCCUCCUUCCUGCUUGAGGGGUUCAUCCAGGCUGAGGCUGCUCUGAGCAAGCCCACCCCACAAAACCCAGCUUUCCACAUGGAAUGUGUCCUUUCUUGCCCCUCUUCACAUGGAUUUCACAGUCCAGUUGUCUUAAAUCCCUUCUUGAGAUUACAUCAAUGUUCUGGGGGUUUGUGUGUUGAUUCCCUCUUUCUAAAUCCAAGCUGGGUGGAAGCACAGGAGGUGAUGCCUGAGCUUGGAGCCAGGAAAAGCUUCGUGGGACCCCUCGUGCCUCUGGUUCAACCUCACCUUUUCUGGGCUCCAAACCAAGAGAGUGCUCCUGGGCUUCCCAAGCAUCAUACAUGGUCCAUUGCAUCCACAUUGAAGAAGACCUUUGGACGUGGCAUCACAAUCAUCAUGGAAGCUUUCAGGAAAGCAUCAGAGCUGGAUCCUCCUUUUCUCAUGAGGUUUUUAGUCUGAUGAAGCUACUGCCUGUGUUUCUACAUCCACUUCUCCAUCUGGUUGCUGAAGGACUGGGGAGAACAUGGGCUGUUUCCAUAAGGAUCACCUAACCCCUCUCCCCUUCUUCCUGAGCUAUCAGGAACAUGACUGCUCUCAGCUGAAAUCCACCCAAGGCAGUGUUGGGAUCAAGACCUGAGCUGGUGUGAAGUUAGGAUGAAUGUGUUACUAACCCAACACUGUUGAAGCUUGCACAAAACCAAGUUCAUUGUAUGUAAUUACACUUCAAAGAGCAGGAAUUCCUUCUUCUACCCUUUAGAGGUCAGGUACGACACUGCCUUUGCCCCAAGUAAUGCCAGCUGAGAGGGAAAACAGCUCUUCCUGAAUGGUGGAUGCAGCACAAGAUCUGCAGAGACCCCAAGAUGAAACCACGUGUGGUCGAGGCCAGGUUGGACACGGGGGCUUGGAGCAACCUGCUCUAGUGGAAGGUGUCCCUGCCCGUGGCAGGGGUUGGAAUUGGGGGAGCUUUAAGGUCCCUUCAUCCCAAACCAUUCCAUGAUGCUAUGAAAGUCAUUUCUAACCCUUCUCCUUUCUGCAGCCACCUCCUCUCCGGGAUGAGGGCAGUGGGACAGGGUGAGCAUCCUCCCAGAAUGUGGUGCUCUCUUCUCUUGUGGGAAAUAAGAAGCAGAUGAAGAGCUUGCCCUGCUGGAAGCACUGGAGGGGCUGGGGUUGGUUUGACAACAGAAGGUCUGUGUCUGCCAAAGAUGCCACCAACUCUGGAAGGUUUCUUUUGGACCCUCUGGAGCUCUUUGCCCGGGAAAAGCCGUAGGGAAAGGUCUGUGUUUGGAGUCAGUGGGAUGAGAGAAAAGAAAGUGCCAAGAAGAAGGGAUUGUACCAGCUGAUUGUAUCAUGUUGUUCUCUAGUGUCAGUAUUUACUCCAGAUGCUGUUGUACGUGCAGUAGUCACGACGUGGAGCUUGAACAAGUGCUUCUUUCUGUGUUCUCAAUGAAAGCAAAGGGUUGAAGCCUUAAAGACUAUCACUGAUAUAAACCCAAGCCUUUAGCAAUGCUCUGCCUGGACCCUCCGACAGGCCCCGGCUGUAUCCCAGUUAUCCAGUGAAAGGUUGACAAGGAGCAUGUCCUGGAAGUGUUGCAUGAAAACCUGGUCCCUCUCAACCCAUUGAGGGCCUAAAGAUGACAACCAGCCGCUGUUGGAUGCUUGGUCUUGUGUGGCACCACGAUGGUGACCUAUGGGUUGUCCCCAUGGGUGGAACUGGGACCUGCCACCCAUGUGAAGUCCACCACAGAAGCUGGGAUGAUCCCAACAUGUCGCAUCCAACACAAACCUUCCUUGGGUCUAAACCAGCAUCAGCUCUGGAAUUAGCUCUUCACUAUGCAACAGGAAAGCCUUCAGCUGGUGCCACGGGGGGGGAUGUUUGUCUGGUUUCCUUGGUAUUUACUAUCAAACUGCUCAAAUCUGGAUGUUUCUACUCCUUUUUUCCCCCAAUACUGCUUUAAAUCGUUGUGCUUUCGUGUUCUCCUCAGCACCGGGGUGGGACAAGACUUUCAAUGGUCGUUUUGGGUCUCAGCUUCAUCUGAAUGUUUUCCAGAGGGAAGUUCCUGAAGGACUCUUGACUUGCAUGUGUUAAAUGUGUGGGUGACAAUGACAUGCAGGCGUCUGUCAUGUUGUGGCUUCUGUCAUUUGGAACAGAGUAAAUCCUGCUUGUGGAAAACAAAGCUUGUCACAAACCAGAACUGUGCCAACUGUGUACAAAUAACGUGUGCAUCUUAACAGCAACGAGGACUUUGAACUGCAGGACAAAGGCCGAGGUUAAAACAGAAUAAAACCAGGUUCUGACAGUG